AAAUCAACACUUCAUUCAGAAACGAAUUUGUUGAUUAAAAUCAAUAAUUAAUCAUUCAGCCAAAUAAAACAACAAUACAGAAGGCUAAAUCCCCAUUUUCAUCCGACUUCCAUCUAGAAUUUUGUUGAUACAUCAGAGGAAUGAUUUGCGUUAUACACCAAACCUGCUUAUUCAAAAUUCCUCCUCUAUUCCAAUGAUUAUCUCUUUGACCAAUUUGUUCAAAUUUACAGUAAACAUUUAUUGGAUACAAGAAAUUCGACGUCUUCUAAAAGGAUUCAGUUCAAGGACGAUCGCUUUAAAAAACCACUGGACCGUUAAAAAGAAUCGACGACAGUUUUCUGGUUUGCACGAAAUUUUCGACGUAAUAAAAGUCGUUACUGUCUUAUUAAAGACUUUGUAUCGAUUGUCGUUUAAUUCCUCUUUGUUUCGGCCGUUUCAAAUCACUCUCUAUAUUGAAGCGAUUUAAUGGGGACAACGGCCCAAAGUAAAAUUUUAAAGAAAAGUGGAUAAUUGACGUCGGCACAGUGCAUUCAGUGUGUAUCGUCGUUCCUUUUGCGGAGAUAUUUGAUUUUGAAACAAAACUGUGAAGACACAUGUCUAAUUAGUGAUGGCAAAACCUCUUCAUGUUUGUCUUAGUGUUUGUUUAGAACCAACUGCAAAGUACAUUUAAAAGCUUUUUGCCUAAAAACAAUGAUAAUGGGUAGAAGUUCCAGGUACAUGCAAGUGCACAAACACGAAAUAAUUUCGUUUUGGCCGAAUAACAUUUCUCGACUGCAUUUCACAAUCAGAAGCAACGUUAAGUAAAUUGACCCAAUUAGGACGGAAAAAAUGAGAGCGAAGUUGCAUUAAAUCACGAAUAAUAUUAAUAAUUAGUAUAGCAAAACGUGCUCAUUUUGUUGUUGUCACAACGCGAUAGACAAAUGUUUUGACAAAAUGUUUGCUGAUUGAAUUAUGGCGAAACAAGUAAAAAUGAUAUGAAGUUUUGCGUUGUUGUAAACGAGUUAUUUAGCGGCAGAUUGCCUAAAUGGCGAAUGCAAUCAAAAUUACUUCAUUCGAGACUAUGGAAACGUUUAGCAACAAUUAACCACCCAAUUGAAAUUUGUUUUGGCAGUGCUGAGUUAAUUCAUUUAAGUGUCUCUGGUUCAUAACUGCACUGCUGCAACUAACUGGCAGAAUUAUUUUCAAACCGGUAAGAUAUUUGUUAAAAUGUCACCGAAUGAACGAUUAUAUUACGGACAUAGAUCGGUCAGCUAUUAUCACCUGUUCGACUCCGCAUGGCGCCUUUUCAGCCCACACAGUCUUUCUCUCGCAAGCUAUUUUACAACUGCUCUCACAUUUAACUUUUCAUAAUUGGAUGUUAUAAGCGACUUAACAUUCCUAAUUAAGAUACGAGAGAAAUUCCCACUAUGCAAAAAUCCGGAAAUGCUGAGUUUUUCUAGCACACGGCAUUAUUUACGACCGAAUCGCUGGACUAGUCCGAGGGCCCAGCGGGGGCCUCUCCAAGGCUCUUGCACCGACCUUUUUCGGCCAUUAAUUAUCCAUUUGAUGAAAGGUUUAAUCGACUUUCGUUUCCAAUCGCCGAAAAAAUAAAUCACGAUAUUAGUUGUUUUGCAAAUGCAAAUCUUAAACAAAUCCAAGGGCGAAAAAGCUCCAAAUUCGGAUGUUUGAUGUGGUUUGAACGGGUUAAUGUUGUUUCACUUGUUGGCUUGACUUUGUUUUAUGGGUGACAAAAAGUGAAACGUGGAUGUGUCUGGGUUUCCAAUGUUUGAGUUGGUUCGUAGUUGUCAACCCUUUUUCCGGUUUGAUAAAUUUUCAUCAAAGUGAAAAUUUCGGUGUAAAGGUGGUGUAAAGGUGCGAGAACAUUGUAGGGCUGAAUUGUUACCCCACAUGUACAACUGUAAAUCAGCUAGUCUAUCUAUUUGUAGACAGUCCAGGGUAACGUUAAGUGACUAAUGGUGUCACAAGUUCCUUUAAUUAAUUCACCACACCGCUGUUGAUAACGUAGAUAAGACCUCCCUUGUCACACUGACAAACCCUAGAGCUUGACACUGUAGUAAUUAUAGGACGAUCCACAGAAUGCCUCCAUUAUUUCUUUAUCUUGAUUUACCUACGAAAAUCAACUUCCUAAAUUAAACCGAGACAUUUGCCAUCGACGUGUCCAAUAUCCCGCCCAUUAAUCAACAAUUUGACACCCCAUUUCGCUCACAACCUCCACCGCGACCCUUUUUAUUUAUUCUUUUAACUACACGUAAGAAAAAAGCGUUCCAGACUUCCCCUAGAUAGGGCAAAUAUUCUCGUUAUUCCUUGUUAUCAAAACACCUCUGUCACAAUUUUUCCCGAUCUGUCUUGUCAGAUUUGCAUUGAUGGGAGCGAUGUCAACGAUUUACAAUAGCCGAUUUUCCCCUCGUUUGCCAACAAAAUUUAACUUAAUCCAAUAAAUUGUAACAAUAAGUAAAUCACCUGCUAACACCACUUUCAAAUGAAAUAUUUUGUGUUUGUGUGGAUAAUAUUCCACGGUGAAAGGAAAUAUGUACUCAUUGUGCUUUUAUAUGCUUUUAAUAUAAUGCCAAUUCAGAUUAAAUAGUUAAUAACAUGCGAUGUCGUACUAGCAUUGCAUGACUUUCCACUUAAUGAAAAUAAUACCAAUUAUGAAUUUCCGAGUAACAGUUUUAUUAUUACUCUUUUAUUGGCUUGUGAUUGACCACAUCCAACAUGUUAGUUUUGGUUGGCCUGUGCCUGUUGUUAAUUUCCCACGGCAGCGCUACAAUUGCAGAGUCGUGUCAGUGUUCGGGCCUGACUUGCAUUUGCUGCGGCUCAAUCCCAGCGAUUCAGAACAAUGCUUGUUUGGAGGCGGUCUACGAUCCGCAUAAUUUGGAACUGGAUUUGAAUUUCCUCGCAAACGGCGAGUCGGUGUAUAAGACCAAAAUAAACUCGGGGAAUUUUCCGAUCUGUGCGCCCGUUUUUCCUCCGGCAUGUUGGGCUUUCAAUCGCAUACAUAUAGAUAAAGACAAUGCCCAAGUCUGUUCCGAAGUUAGGAUUGGACCAGUGCCCAUUCUGAAAGUGCCCUGUCUCGCAUACGCCGGAGGCAAUCUCAUUGCAAGUCCCAACAUAUACUGAUUUUUUCCGACUGAACUAAUGAACAUUGUGCAACAAAACGAUACUACUAUUCUAAUCCACCACACUUAUCACGGACAAAAGCCGGGCAAAAAUUAUCUCCCUUGUUUUGCAACGCGGAUUUAUAAAGAUUAUUCCAUUAUUUUAACAAUGACGGAUUUGACUACGCCAAAUUAAUUUUAACAAAAACAGGACAAUUAAAAACCUUGCACACAUGUGAAUGCAAGCUUGCACGCACAACUCGGCCUAUUUUUAAGUUUGACUGGCAUUUGCUGCGACCAUGGCCACAAACGAUAAUUCACCGAACGACGAGCAAUUUGGAAAAAGUGAAAAUACGGUAGAUACAAGCUCAAAUGCUUAUAUUCCAAGAUAAAAGCUCGCUGUUUCAUUAUUCCGUGCGUUCUAUUGAAACGAAACGAGUUGAAAUAUCAGUUUGUUCUACAUAAAGACAUAAAUUAUAAAUGUUACUUUGCUACAUUAUUUCCUUGCUGAUGUAAACAUUGUUUUAAAAAAUCGAUUAAUGUUCAUGUUUUCGAGAAGAUCGUAACUAUUCAGCUAAAUACGGACAAAAUUCCUGUAAUUCCUCUUAAUCUAGCUUUGUUUGCUUAUAGAAAAUAUGCAUUUGUUUGCACGAUCCAGAUAGGCUUGAGAUAACAUCAAGUACCUAUUCUUUUUUCGGCAUCUUUUGAAUGAAAUUCUAUUUUAGGAGGCUUCCGUGUUAGGGAAAUUUCCGAUAUUCCAAUUUAUAAAUAAAUAAUCAAAAAUAUAAAACGCAUUUUAUUUAAUUGCACUCCUGUUACAGCAAAAUAAACAAUAAAUUCCAUUGUUUUACACAUACAAAAAUAUUUCACUUUUGUGUCGUCAUAAUUACAAAACAUAUUUAUGGCAAAAUAAA